CAGAGGAGAGCCGUGGAGGGGAACUUCAUGGACGAGACUGCGGCGCCCGAGGCCGGGAGCCCCCCGGGCAACGGCAACGGCAACGGUAACGGUAACGGCAAAGGGAAGCCGACGGCACCCAAGGGCCGGGAAGCGUUCCGCAGCCAGCGGCGGGAGUCGGAGGGCUCUGUGGACUGCCCCACUCUGGAGUUUGAGUAUGGAGAUGCAGAUGGGCAUGCAGCAGAGUUGUCAGAAUUAUAUAGCUACACUGAGAACCUGGAAUUUAGCACUAACAGGAGGUGCUUUGAAGAGGAUUUCAAGACUCAAGUGCAAGACGCUAAUGAAUGGCUGGAGUUAGAAGAAGAUGCACAAAAGACAUAUGUGAUGGGACUUCUGGACAGACUGGAGGUGGUCAGUAGGGAACAACGGCUUAAAGUGGCCCGGGCUGUUCUCUACCUAGCCCAAGGCACUUUUGGGGAAUGUGACUCAGAGGUCGAUGUGCUACACUGGUCCAGGUACAACUGCUUCCUGCUCUAUCAGAUGGGGACCUUCUCAGCCUUCCUGGAGCUACUCCACAUGGAAAUCGACAACAGCCAGGCAUGUAGCAGUGCCCUACGGAAACCAGCUGUCUCCAUUGCUGAUAGCACAGAGCUCCGGGUACUACUCAGUGUCAUGUACCUAAUGGUGGAAAAUAUCCGCUUGGAGCGAGAGAUAGACCCCCAUGGGUGGAGGACAGCUCGAGAGACCUUCCGUAAUGAACUGAGCUUCUCCAUGCAUAAUGAAGAACCUUUUGCCCUCCUGCUCUUCUCCAUGGUUACUAAAUUCUGCAGUGGCCUGGCUCCCCACUUUCCGAUAAAGAAGGUUCUGCUUCUGCUCUGGAAGGUAGUCAUGUUUACCCUAGGUGGAUUUGAGCAUCUGCAGGCUCUCAAAAUACAGAAGCGUGCAGAGUUGGGCCUGCCUCCACUGGCUGAAGACAGUAUCCAGGUGAUAAAGAGUAUGCGUGCUGCCUCCCCACCCUCGUACACUCUUGACCUUGGGGAGUCUCAGCUGGCUCCACCGCCCUCCAAGCUACGAGGUCGCCGUGGUUCUCGAAGGCAACUCCUCACUAAGCAGGACAGCCUGGACAUCUACAAUGAAAGGGAUCUCUUCAAGACUGAGGAGCCAGCUACUGAGGAGGAAGAGGAAUCUGCUGGAGAUGGUGAACGAGCCUUGGAUGGCGAGUUAGACCUGCUAGAGCAAGAUCCCCUGGUGCCACCUCCACCCUCACAGACACCCCUCUCUGUUGACCGGGUAGCCUUUCCCAAGGGCCUUCCCUGGGCCCCAAAAGUCAGACAGAAGGACAUUGAGCACUUCUUGGAAACAAGCAGAAACAAGUUCAUUGGAUUCACCCUGGGGCAGGACACAGAUACCUUGGUUGGAUUACCUAGGCCCAUCCACGAGAGUGUGAAGACCCUAAAGCAGCACAAGUAUAUCUCCAUCGCAGAUGUACAGAUCAAGAAUGAAGAGGAACUGGAGAAAUGUCCUAUGUCUUUGGGAGAAGAAGUGGUACCAGAAACACCGUGUGAAAUCCUCUACCAAGGCAUGCUGUAUAGCCUCCCCCAGUACAUGAUUGCUCUGCUUAAGAUUCUGCUGGCUGCAGCCCCCACCUCCAAAGCUAAGACAGACUCUAUCAAUAUCCUGGCAGAUGUCCUUCCUGAAGAGAUGCCCAUUACUGUUCUCCAGAGCAUGAAGCUGGGCAUUGAUGUGAAUAGGCACAAGGAGAUCAUCGUAAAGAGUAUCUCUUCCCUGCUCUUGCUACUUCUCAAACACUUCAAGCUCAACCAUAUCUACCAGUUUGAAUAUGUAUCACAACAUUUAGUAUUUGCCAACUGCAUCCCCUUGAUCCUGAAGUUCUUCAAUCAAAAUAUCUUGUCCUACAUCACUGCCAAAAACAGCAUCUUGGUCCUGGAUUACCCAUGCUGUACCAUCCAGGAUUUGCCGGAGCUUACUACUGAGAGUCUGGAAGCUGGAGACAACAGCCAGUUCUGCUGGAGGAACCUCUUUUCCUGCAUCAACCUGCUGAGGCUUCUCAAUAAACUGACCAAAUGGAAGCAUUCCAGGACUAUGAUGCUGGUGGUGUUUAAGUCAGCUCCAAUCUUAAAGCGGGCCCUCAAAGUCAAACAAGCCAUGCUACAGCUUUAUGUCUUAAAGCUACUAAAGAUACAGACAAAGUACCUUGGACGUCAGUGGAGGAAAAGCAAUAUGAAGACCAUGUCGGCCAUUUACCAGAAAGUGCGUCAUCGCAUGAAUGAUGACUGGGCUUAUGGGAAUGACAUUGAUGCUAGGCCGUGGGACUUCCAAGCAGAAGAAUGUACCCUGAGGGCCAACAUUGAGGCUUUUAACAGCCGACGCUAUGACAAACCCCAGGACUCUGAAUUUUCACCUGUGGAUAACUGCUUGCAGAGUGUGCUGGGGCAGAGGUUGGAUCUGCCUGAAGAUUUCCACUAUUCCUAUGAGCUCUGGCUAGAGAGAGAGGUGUUUUCACAGCCUAUCUGUUGGGAGGAGCUGCUCCAGAAUCACUGAGCUCUUGUCAACAAAGCAUCUGAUAGAUGGAGGUUGGCUCUAAACAGUGGUGCUUUGCCUGCCCUGCCCAUUUAUUCAACCUUUGUACCGGGCACUAAAAGUACAUACCAAAGGGAGAUCCAGUCCAGUAUCCAGCAUAGUUCAAAGCUAUUCUGGAUUCUAUUAGGCCUGAAGAUGGUGCAAGGCUAGAAUUCUGAGUCACAGUAAACUCAACAACUUGUCCUGAGCUCUUCUAGGUGCCUACUUGGUAUUAGAAAUCUCUUGGUGGAUCAGCCUGGACAGCUUCUGAUGAAACCUGCUUCAAUCUUGCCUAGAACCAGGCUAGCCUUUGCUAGCCCAAACAGUGAAAGGAAAUUAACAUCUGCAUUUGACUCCUGGCAUUCAUCUCUAGCAGUGGGA